CCGCAUCUGGACUAUAAAUACGCCACCUGAUGAUCUGAUUUGAGUCACCAUUCUUACUCGCACUGCCACACUUAGCAACCCAGGAAUAUGGAUUUGUUCCUGCCACUCGUCUCAUUUAUUCUGAUUCUUGGAGGACAAGGUAGCCAGCAUGCGAGUUUUGCCGAUGCGGCCAAGAUGACGCUGACAAACAUGGAGACGCUGACGGCGUACUGGGAGGCGGCGCUUCCAGGAAUUCCGAUUCCACCAGCUAUCAGUGACCUAUUAGCGCAACAAAAAGGGCUGCCAAAAAUUGGACCAAACUAUGAGAGAGUCAAGUCAGAAGCUGGUCACAUGGACAACCAUGUUCAUAUCAUAUCACAAGUUGAAGACGAUUUAAAGGAGGCCCAUGGGUCUCAUGGUGAACAAGGUAUAAAGAAGGCCAUGAUAGCACAUGAGCCAAAUAUUGGUAAGGAUCUGAAGACACAACCAUUGUCACAUGGGUUACAAGCUAAAAAUUAUGUAGAAGAAAAAACUGCUGCGCAUAGAACAAAAAAUGAAGAAAAUCUAAAGGAAAUAUCAGUGUCAUAUGGGUCAGAAGGUGACAACAAUUUUAAGAAAGUUUCACUAAAUUUGAAGAAGAUCCUUGCAGCAUAUACACCUUUGAAAGAUGAAAACCUUAAGGAAAUAUCUGUCUCCUAUGGAUCAAAAGGUGGAGAAGCCCACAAAGAAGUUUCAGGGUCAUACGGGUUAGAAGGUGAACAUAAUUUAAAAGAAAUAUCACUGUCUUAUGGUAUAAACAGCAAUGAUACUCCAAAGGAAGAAUCUGCAUAUGAAGAAAAUGUAAAAGAUAUCUCAGUGUCAUAUGGGUUAGAAGGUUCAACGAGUUUAAAGAAAGUUCCACUAAAUUUAAAGAAGAACCUUGCAGCAUACAAGGAAAUAUCUGUGUCAUAUGGAGCAAAAGGCCAAGAGAUUUCAAAGGAAGCAUCAGGAAUAUCUGGGUUAAAAGGUGAAAAGGAUUUAAAAGAAAUCUCAGUGUCUUAUGGUGUUGAUGACCAUGAAAAUCUGAAGGAGAUAUCUGUGACAUACGGAUCAAAAGAUCAAGAAACUCUGAAGGAACCCUCAGGAUCAUAUGGGUUAUUAGAAGGUGAAAAGGAGUUAAAAGAAAUCUCAGUGUCUUAUGCCGCAGACGGCCAUCAAAAUCUGAAGGAAAUAUCGGUAUCAUAUGGAUCAAAGGACCAAAAAAUUGGCAAGGAAGCAUCAGGAUCGUAUGGGUUGAAAGGUGAAAGGGAUUUAAAAGAAAUCUCGGUGUCUUAUGGUGUAAAUGGCCAGGAGAUUCUGAAGGGAGGCUCCACAACACAUGAAGAAAAUUCGAAGGAAGUUACUAUGUCAUAUGGGUCAGUGGAAGAGAAAGAUGAACAACCCCACAUUCUGAACCAAGUAAAAGGAGAGGGGAGCCACCACCAUGUUCCCCCUCAUAGCUACAAGAACAAGAAAGAGGCAGAUGUCUUUUUCUUCCACGACAUGUUGAGGCCAGGGUCCUUGAUCACCCCGACCAUCCCUCCGACCACCUCCAUGCCAGCGCUUCUUCCCGGCGACAUCGCUGACUCCAUUCCAUUCUCCACCGAACACCUCUCCGACAUCACCACGAUGUUCGCGCCGGCGUCCCUCACGAUGACCAGAGAGAUACUGUGGACACUGGAGACCUGCGAGCACCCACGGACGCUGCACGGCCAGAAAGCAGGCUGCGCCACCUCCCUCGAGUCCCUCGCUGAGCUGCCCGGGUCCCUCCUUGGGAGGCGCAACGUCCGCGCGUUCUCCGCCGUGGAUCUGCCCAUGGAUAACCCGGGAACACCGGCGCUUAGGGGGAGGUACAACGUGACGGCUGCACGGAAGCUCUCCGGGUCAUCAUCUGAGGUCGUAACUUGCCAUGACCUGACCUUCCCGUACGCGGUGUACUACUGCCACACGUCCAGCCCUACGGCUGCGUACAUGGUGACGCUGGCGAGCGUGGAGGAGGGUGCCUCGCCGGCGACCAUGGAGGUCAUGGCCGUGUGCCACCUUGACACUUCAUUGUGGAGCCCGAAGAACCCGUUCUUUGAGCUGCACAACGUGAGGCCAGGUGAUGUGGCCGUGUGCCACUUUCUCACUAAGCUGAGCAUCAUCUGGGUGUCAAUCGAAGGUCAUGUCGACACACUGUAGACGGAAACGUUCACGCCCACACGUGUUUUGCUUAUGUGAGCUAUGACAUGCAUGUAUCGAGAUAUGUGGUUUGAAAUAAGUAGGUGCUUGCUACCACUUCAUAAUUAAAAACCGUGAAGUCUUAGUUUCUUAUGUCUGAUAAAAUUUUGGUUGUACUACCUCCA